ACCUAAAAUGAAGGACCUCCCUUCAUAUAUUUCUAUCAUAAUAUGAAGUUCAUGUAAUAUAAAAACUUGUUUUGUACCUUCUAAAACCAACUAAUACUCCCAAAAUAUAACACUUUUCCCUCUCAUUUUUAUACUUCUACACCAUUAUAGACUAUAGGAUGAUGUUUGAUGAAGGAGAAUAUUACUCACCUUCAGAGAUGUUUUCUUGCAUAAACUCAUUCCAAAAUUCAAAGAAAACAAAGAUGAUGAACAAAAGAAGGUUUAGUGAUGAACAAGUGAAGUCACUUGAAUCAAUAUUUGAGAAUGAGACUAAACUUGAGCCAAAGAAGAAGGUUCAAGUGGCUCGAGAACUUGGGUUGCAGCCUCGACAAGUUGCAAUCUGGUUCCAAAACAAGCGAGCUCGAUACAAGUCUAAAGAACUUGAAAAGAAUUAUACCACGUUGAGGUCUAAUUACAACUCCCUCGCUAAACGAUUCGAGGACCUCAAGAAGGAGAAACAAUCUCUAGUUCUUCAGUUGCAGAAGUUGAAAGAAGAUCUAGAAGAGAAGGAACAAGGAGAAAAACAGUGUAUUAAAAGUCAACGAGAUGAUGAAAGUGAAAACAAGAAUAAUGGAAAGAAAAGUGAAGAAUGUGAAGUAAAACCAGCUUUAUCAUUAGAAGGAUCAGAAUUUGGAGGUUGUAGCAUGUUAUCAGAUGAAGGAUCUAGUGAAAAUACGAAUUAUUUUGGUGUAGAAGAUGAAAGAGAUAUAUUAACAAUGGUACAACAACCAGUUGAUAGUUCAUUGACAUCAGGUGAAGGAUGGGAGGAUCUUCAUCCUGAUGGUUUGUUUGAUCAAGCUGUUGAAAGUUGUCAAUGGUGGGACUUUUGGUCUUGAAUAAUUAAUGAAGAAUUGAGUGAAGAGAUUUUAGGGAAGUAAUGAAGAUCUAGUCUACAUAUCCAGCUUAAUGGAUGGUGGGAUUCAACUCGGCAUCAAUAAAUAUAUUUCUAUAUUAUCGAUCUAUUAGAGACGGGUAAUCUACUAGUGGAUAGAUAGAUGUAGUUAUAAGCACGUAAUUAAAGUUGUAGACAUCUAAACCUCUUCAGACCCUGCUAGCGGCGAGAUGUGAUUAUUGAUUAUACUAGUAGUAGCUAGAUGUUGUGCUUGUUGCAGGUGUUAUCACAUUGUACAUUAUGUUAUAAGCAUUAGAUUUCAGGGUGAGGGAUUGUUGCAAAGCUAGGAUUAGGCUCACUCUUGGCACCUGAACGAUAUGUACAUAUUCAUACAAGAUAGUGGCACGACUAUAUAUGAGUUAUGAAUAAAUAAAGUGGGGGAAUUGAAGAGAAAAAGAUGUAGGUCUAUGAAAGAUUGAUUAUGUGACAUAAUUUAGAAGUACUAGGACGAAGUGCGGCAUGAAUAAUAUUGAGUUUUACUUGUUAAACUUGUUUAAUUAGCUGUAACAUGUGGCAAAGUUAAACCCUACUAGGCUAAUAGCUAUGUAAAAAUGAUCUUAGUGUUUAUUGUUGAAGUCUAUAGGCAAUAUAAAGUUAAAUGUGUGACUAUUUUAAGCUUUCAAUAAACCGCACUGAUAGAGUAUAGAUCUAUUUUUGGGGCCUCAAUCAUAAGCUUAAGCAUUUGGUUGAGUCCCCAAGAAUAGAUCUACACUCUAUCACGCAACCCUUGUAUCGCAGCCCUUAGUGUAUACUAAUAGUAGAUUAGUAGAAGCUUUAUGUUUAUUGUAGUAUGAGAUAUUUAACAUUUAUAUAAAUGAUAACUGUAAAAGAAGUUUGGAGUUGUUAGCCAA